CGAGGUGAUGGAGACUGAGAGUUGUCUGUCUUUCUCCUCGGCUCCAAACAGGAUCACGCCGGAGAAUUCACCGGGCUUGGAGCAUGAUUCCGGCGCUUUCUUUCAGUGUGACGACCUCCAAAAGUCUCCGCAUCUUACUCUAGCGCAUCGACAUGAGUUUUUUAUGGGACGCUACACUGACGGCGGCUCCGCGGACUUUACGCACGGCGUCAGCGCUUCAACUCCCCGCGCCUCGCCUGGAAAUCAUACAAAGUAUUUGGAGAAUAUGAACCAGGACCAAAAACCUUCUUCGAUCACUGAGAAGAACUCGUCAUUUUAUGAGACUAAUUCUAAUGGAGAUAAGCCCGUACCCAAGGCCCUUGGAUAUCCCGCUCUAGACUCAGAGUGUUGUGGAAAACUGAAAGAGCCGUCCAACGGGCUGACUGGAGACUCCAUCACUGACUCCAUCGACCUUUCAAUCAAGAACAAGAAACGGCGAAACCGGACAACUUUCAGCACCUUUCAGCUGGAGGAGCUGGAGAAGGUCUUUCAGAAGACACAUUACCCAGAUGUGUAUGCACGGGAACAGCUGGCACUGAGGACGGAGCUGACGGAGGCAAGAGUGCAGGUGUGGUUCCAAAACAGACGGGCCAAAUGGAGGAAAAGAGAGCGUUACGGGAAGAUGCAAGAGGUGCGAAACCAUUUUGCUGCUACAUACGAUAUCUCCCUUCUCCCUCGCUCCGACUCAUACCAGAUGCAAAAUAACCUAUGGCCAAGCAGCGCGGGGACGGGAGGUGCAGGUGGAGCAGCCAGUGGUUGUGUUUUGGGACUGGAAAACAUGGCAUCAUCCUGUAUGACCCCUUAUCCCCAUCCUCACGGGAACCUACCAGGGCUCAUGGGUAUGUCUGCAUCUGCAGGCCAUCAUCAUCAUCACCCACCUCACCACCCUAGCAUUAAUGGGAUAUACUCACUCCAUGGCUUCCCAGGAAGCCUGGGGGCCCAUUCCUUUGAGCCCGGACCAGAGUCUGAAUACAAGCCCUCAGGCCUGGUGGCCCUGCGCAUGAAAACCAAAGACCCGGGGAGCCUGUUAUCCUGGCCGACAUGACCAUGCAGCUGCAACUGCGAUUGUCUUGACAUCACUGAGCCAACAAGUUAGCAUGCCUGCACAUACCGGCAUGUUAGUGUUACUCGUAAACCAACAACUGAAAGACACUUUCUUAAUGCUCAAUGUACAUAUCUCUUUUUUUGAAGGCUCCCAGAUGUUUUCACUGCAAAGAAACAUUUUAUGCCGGGACUUUUUUGUGUUGAUCUGUUUCCCUAAGGAAGCAUCUCAUUUGUUUGUGUUUUUGUUGAAAUUCUAUGAGCCAUGGGCUUUGCACACAACUUGCCUUAAUGUAAAAUUAUUCCAGGGAUACUUAAAUUGUAAAAAUUAUGUAAUUUUGUGCAACAGGAUGUGCAACAUGUUUAUUUAAGUAUGUUAAUGUUAAUCUCAUAGUAUCAGUGUAUGCAGUGGUUUAGCCCCAUAUAUGUAG